AUGCCGAGAAGGGGAAGCACAGCCAAGAGCUCCCCCAAGGGACCCAUCCCACCGCACCUUUUGCGCAAUGGCGGAGGACGCGGUGGUAGCAUUACCGCCAGAGGUCGUGGUGGUAGCGGCAUCAACGGCAGAGGACGCGGCGGUGGCGGUAUCAACGGCAGAGGGCGUGGUGGCGGCGGCGGCAAUGCCUCACCCUUCGCCCACGCUCACGGUUAUUCUCUCGCCGAAGAGGCUAGGAACACGGCUCAUAACCGCCGCGGCGUUUUUGGCCGUGACGCCCAGCUGAGAUAUAAGCCUGUCGAUUUCGUCAGUGCCGGAUUCAUGGACCCUUUGAAAUUGUUGGAGGUUACUCGCCCAGCCUCAGCUGAGCGCCAGGCUUUCGAUAUCGAGCAUGACAUAGUUGCAGCUGCAGCUCCGAAUGGCCCGACUUCACCGGCAACUGACGCCAUCGAGGGCCAGCGUGGCCCGGAGCCCGUGAAUCUUCUCUCCAAAGAAUCAGCGUCGCCGCCACCCGCUACGCUGCCUUCUACAGAUGAGCAGCCACCUUCGGAUGAGCAGCACCAAGAGCCCGAGUCUGAUCUUGGCUGGGACUCGAGCGAGGAAAUCAUUCUCUUCAAGGGUCGAGAUGCCAGCCGCCAGCCGCCAAAGUCUACUAUCCCCAAGCCAAAUGACAGAGAGGGCACUGCAGGAUCUAUGGAAAUGCACGAAAUCAACGUCCAACUCAAAGUUGUUCAAGAGACAAUUCGGACGGAAAGCCCCCGAGUACAGCCUAUGGUCAAUGCGCCGGCGGCUGACUACAUUCCACUCAACUCUAGCAGCAAGCGGCGUCAAGCUUCGCGAAAGCCGCGUCACGGUAGAACACCUGAUGCCGACGACGAGGAAGCCGCCAUGAUCGCUGAUUACAUAGCGAACAUGAAGAAUGACGAGGAGCAAGACGAGGAGGAUGCAGGUGACGGGUCUGCUGGCAUAGGGUCGCACGCCUUCCAUGUGCUGCGUGAUAUUGGAGGCACAGAUAGCGACGCCGUCCCCGACCAGGUCACUAGCGAAGACGGGGUCAGCGAGGGUUCCGAUGGUGAAAUUGACGACGAUGAACGCCUGGCCCGCAUGCUGGCCAAGCAGGAAGAGCUGGGUCUUGGGGGCGAUGAUGUAUUGCUUCUCGACGGCACGGACCAGGAUGAGGGCUGGACCAUGGCUCCGAAGGGUACCCCCCGUCGUAAGAAGAAGGGGGGCUCUAUGAAGGAUAAGAUGAUUCAGCAAAGAGGCCAGUUCCCGAGCGCAACGCAGAUGGCGGAUGCCUUUGACGACUUGGAUCUCAUGGACUGGCAUCGUCCCAGCCUCAACAACUUCAAGAAUGGGCCCAAGACAUUCGAUGUGUCAGACUCGGAGUUGGAAGAGGCAAUGCAGAUGGCGUGGAAGAAGGACCGUCUUAAGAAGGCGGAGAAGAAGAAGGCCCGCGAGGAGCUUCGGUCGCAAGGUUUGCUGGGUAAGAACGUCAACCCCGACGAUCUCCGGGUCAAGUAUCGCGGAGGCAUGUCGCUGGACGACCUCGCCAACGAGAUGGAGGUAUUUCUACUCGGCUUCCAGGAACAGUCAGUCCCCCCUUCCAACGAACGCAUGGCCCCGCUCAUUCUACCUCCGUUUGACAAGACGGCGCGCAAGACGGUGCACUCGGUGGCCAACAAGUUCAAGAUCAAAUCGCAAUCGGCGGGUAAGGGCAAAGAUAGGUAUCCGAUCCUCUACCGCUCGAAAGCCACGCUCCCCUUCGACCAGGACGUGUUUGAUCGCACAUUCGCCCGCAUCAAGCAGACCUGGUUUCCCCGCGUCGACGUCGACGACGAGGUGGUGAGGCAGAGCCGGAUCCUGAAGCGGGCCGAGGUGCGCGACGGGCAGUCUCGCCGCGGCAAGAACACGCUCACACUGCGCGAAGGUGACGUGGUCGGGCAGCACGCGGCCGAGCUCGGUGCGGAAAACAAGGGCAGGGCCAUGCUAGAGAAGAUGGGCUGGUCCAAGGGCAUGGCGCUGGGCACUGGCGAGAACAAGGGUAUCAUAGUCCCCAUCACGCAUGUGGUCAAGAAGACCAAGGCUGGGCUCGGCGAUGCCUGA